CUAGAUUGUAAAAGUCUAAUAUAUCCACUAAUUAUUUUUGCUUGCCGACCUCUAAUCCACAACUUUUUGUUUUUCCAUUUCCACUGAUUUUCAACAUUCCACCGGGUGUUACCAACAGUAACAUACAUACAGUGAAUUUUUUCAACACUCCACCGCAUGUUACCAAUAGUAGCAAAACCCUCGACAAAAAUUUGUACCGACUAUAAAUAUUCAACUCCAACUCUUUCCUCUCCACACACUCAAAUAUCUCUCCAACACUAAAAUAAUUGUACCGACUCUCUCUCUCUCUCUCUCCGUAACAAAAAAAUCACCAAUGGCAAAACAAUAUCUCUUUGUACUCCUCUCAAUCUCCUAUCUCUUAUCACUGGAGCUCACGGCGGCCACCGCAGCCUCACAGACCGGAGCUUCCAAAAAAGCCAUAAACUUCAUCCAAUCUUCUUGCAAAACCACCACAUACCCUGCCUUAUGUGUCCACUCACUCUCCGUCUACGCAAACGACAUCCAAACAAGCCCUAAACGUUUAGCUGAGACCGCUAUAGCCGUGACACUAAGCCGAGCCCAAUCCACGAAGCUCUUCGUCUCGCGUCUAACACGUAUGAAGGGUCUUAAGAAGCGCGAGGUCGAAGCCAUCAAAGAUUGCGUCGAGGAGAUGAACGAUACCGUUGACCGUUUGACCAAAUCUGUUCAAGAACUGAAGUUGUGUGGGAGUGCCAAAGAUCAAGACCAGUUUGCGUACCACAUGAGUAAUGCUCAGACUUGGACUAGUGCGGCUUUGACUGACGAGAACACUUGCUCCGAUGGGUUCUCGGGUCGGGUUAUGGAUGGGAGGAUCAAGAACUCGGUUCGGGCUAGAAUCAUGAACGUGGGACAUGAAACCAGCAACGCUUUGUCCUUGAUUAAUGCCUUUGCUAAAACUUACUAAUUUAAAACUAUAUUUUGUCCUGUAAAAUAUAUAUAUAGAUAAAUGUAAUGUCUUGCUAAGAGUUUGAUGUGAUAUAUUUUUUUCGAUUUUGGUAGUUUCUUUUUGUUUUGUAACGUGGUUUAUAAUAGUAUAAUGUGUAUUUUGAGCUAUAAAGUUGUUUUUAAGAUUGGAUAAAUUGCCCCCAACAAAUGGUAGCUAGUAGACUGAUACAGUCAUUUUCCUUAAAGGGUAAUUGAUUAAAGUUUGGACUAGUUGGCAGAUAUGUUUGACAAUUCUCUUUCACACCAAUUUUGGUUUCCUUGUCGCAAGUUG